UUAUCUUACACGACGCCGGCCAUUGACGGACUUGCCUUUUUCUCUUUCUCUCAAUUUCUCUCCCAUGAAUCCUUAUUCAUAUAGCAAGAAACAACUCGGAGCCCUUAUUCAGCCUUAUCCUCAAACCUGGGGGGAUCGUCAAAUAAUGCGUCCACAUCGGCCUCUACUGUUCAUAUAAUCCGGAUUACGAUUUGUCUCUUUGAUUCGGAUGUUCGACGGGAGAGUACUCGAUGGAACUUGACAUAGAAGUUGGAUUCUGCGAGCACGAUUUUCUAUAAGAGUAACUCACAACGCAUUCUGAACAGUCGAUAAUGUCUAUCUGGCAGCCAGCUCCUGACCCUCCUACCAAGCUCGGUGUCUACCGUGUCCUUUCUCCUCGUGCAGGAGUGAGAGUGUCACCGAUAUGCCUUGGUGCAAUGAGCAUUGGAGAUCAAUGGAACUCGCUCAUGGGCUCAAUGGACAAGGAAUCCAGCUUCAAGCUACUUGAUGCGUAUUUUGACAUGGGCGGAAACUUCAUCGACACCGCUAACAACUACCAGGACGAAACUUCGGAGCAAUUCAUCGGAGAAUGGGUGGAAAAGCGUCAAAUUCGAGAUCAACUGGUUAUUGCUACCAAGUAUACGUCCAACUUCAAACAUGGCGACCCUAAGGUCAAACAACGAGUCAACUUCACCGGAAACAAUGCGAAAUCGUUGCAUGUCAGCGUCGAGGCAAGCUUAAAGAAGCUACGCACCGACUACAUCGACAUCCUCUACCUGCACUGGUGGGACUUCGAUACUAGUGUCCAGGAAGUCAUGGACAGUUUGCAUAACCUAGUUGCUUCAGGAAAAGUGAUCUACCUGGGUAUUUCUGAUGCUCCCGCUUGGGUCGUCUCACAAGCGAAUCAAUAUGCAUCUGACCAUGGAAAGACUCCCUUUGUGGUUUACCAAGGCCAAUGGAACAUCAUGGACCGUUCGUUUGAACGAGAUAUCAUCCCGAUGGCGCGUUCAAUGGGCAUGGCACUCGCACCCUGGAGUGUUCUCGCCCGAGGAAAACUGCGCACGGAUGAAGAAGAGGAACGCCGACGUGCUACUGGUGAAAAUGGGCGCAUGCUCACUGGUAGCUGGGAACGAACCGAGAAAGAGGUCAAGAUGAGUCAUGCGUUGGUAAAGGUGGCGAAAGAAAUUGGAGCAAAGAGUAUCUCUGCUGUUGCAAUCGCCUAUGUCAUGCAGAAGACUCCCUACGUCUUCCCCAUCAUUGGUGGACGCAAGGUCGAAAAUCUCGUAGAAAACCUCGAGGCGUUGAGUAUUUCUCUCUCAGACAAGCAUGUCAAGGAGCUCGAGAGUGUCAUUCCUUUCGACGUCGGCUUCCCUACUAGCUUCAUUGGAGACGGGACUGAUUUCAAUGUGUUAUUGAAGUCUGCGGCAAAAAUGGCAAGAAUCCCGUACCCUGAAGCUCUCAGACCCUGAUUUUGAGCUUGCAAAUCAAUGUCGUGAAGAAUAGCAGAAAGGAUUUUUGCAUUCAUGUAACUGUUGUACCAGCGAUGUACUAUUUCAAUUCACCGCCCAGUUUUUAGAUCGCUGGCCUAUUGUUUGU